CCCCGCCGCCAUGCCGCCGCCCGCCCCAGGCCGCCCCGCCGCCCGCAGCGGCACCAGCCUCCUCCUCCUCAGCCUCCUCCUGCUUCGCCGGGCGCUGGCCGCCGCAGGGCUGGAGUACAGCGACGUGCUGCCCGACUCCUUCCCAUCAGCGCCGGCCGAGACCCUCCCACACUUCCUGCUGGAGCCGCAGGAUGCCUACAUCGUCAAGAACAAGCCAGUGGAGCUCGUCUGCCGCGCCAACCCCGCCACCCAGAUCUACUUCAAGUGCAACGGGGAGUGGGUCAGCCAGAACGACCAUGUCACCAAGGAGAGCCUGGACGAGGUCACUGGGAUGCUGGUGCGGGAGGUGCAGAUCGAGGUCUCUCGGCAGCAGGUGGAGGAGCUCUUCGGCUUAGAAGAUUACUGGUGCCAGUGCGUGGCCUGGAGCUCAGCAGGCACCACCAAGAGCCGCCGGGCCUACGUCCGCAUAGCCUACCUACGGAAGAACUUUGACCAGGAGCCACUGGGCAAGGAGGUCCCGCUGGAGCACGAGGUGCUGCUGCAGUGCCGCCCACCCGAGGGAGUGCCACAGGCCGAGGUGGAGUGGCUGAGGAAUGAGGAUGUCAUUGAUCCUACCCAAGACACCAACUUCCUGAUCACCAUUGAUCACAACCUCAUCAUCAAGCAGGCCCGGCUCCUGGACACUGCUAAUUACACCUGCAUGGCCAAAAACAUCGUGGCCAAGCGCCGGAGCACCACGGCUGCCGUCAUCGUUUAUGUGAACGGUGGUUGGUCCACCUGGUCCGAGUGGUCUCCUUGCAACAACCGCUGCGGCCGGGGCUGGCAGAAGCGCACCCGCACCUGCACCAACCCCGCGCCGCUCAACGGCGGCUCCUUCUGCGAUGGGCAGCCUUUCCAGAAAGUCACCUGCACCACCCUCUGCCCAGUGGACGGCGCGUGGACAGAGUGGAGCAAGUGGUCGGCAUGCAGCACAGAGUGCACGCACUGGCGCAGCCGCGAGUGUGCCGCGCCGGCCCCCCGCAACGGCGGCAAGGACUGCAGCGGCUUGCUGCUCGACUCCAAGAACUGCACCGACGGGCUCUGCCUCCACAAUAAAAGAGUUCUAAGCGAACCCAAAAGCCACCUUCUGGAAGCCACAGGUGACGUGGCCUUGUAUGCCGGGCUGGUGGUGGCCAUUUUCGUCUUCAUCGUGAUCCUCAUGGCUGUGGGGGUGGUGGUGUACCGGAGGAGGUGCCGGGAUUUCGACACGGACAUCACGGACUCAUCAGCUGCACUGACCGGAGGCUUCCACCCUGUCAACUUCAAGACCUCCCGGCAUGACAACCCUCAGCUGCUGCACCCUUCGAUGCAGCCAGACCUGACGGCCAGCGCCGGCGUGUACCGCGGCCCCAUGUACACCCUGCAGGACUCCUCCGACAAGAUCCCCAUGACCAACUCCCCGCUGCUCGACCCCCUCCCCAACCUCAAGAUCAAGGUGUACAGCUCUUCCACCGCCUCCUCCUCGCCAGGGCUCCAUGACGGGACUGACCUGCUUGGUGGGGUCCCCACAACUGGCACCUACCCAGGGGACAGCACCAGGGACGGACACUUUGCCAACAUGCGGGGCAAAGCCCUGGGCUCCCAGCACCUCCUCAACUUGCCCCGGGAGCACGGCAACAGUGCCAGUGGCACGUUUGGCAACCUUGGGGGAAGGCUCACCAUACCAGGCACUGGAGUGAGCCUGCUGGUGCCUCAUGGAGCCAUCCCCCAGGGGAAGUUCUACGAGAUGUACCUGGUCCUCAACAAGUCAGAGAGCGCCCUCCUGCCCUCCGAAGGCACCCAGACAGUGCUGAGCCCGGCGGUGACCUGCGGCCCCACCGGCCUGCUCCUGUGCCGCCCUGUCGUCCUGACUAUUCCCCACUGUGCCGACGUUGGCUCCUCGGAUUGGAUUUACCAACUGAAAACACAGUCCCACCAGGGCAACUGGGAGGAAGUUGUGACCCUGGAUGAGGAGACCCUCAACACUCCUUGCUACUGCCAGCUGGAAGCCAAGUCCUGCCACAUUUUGCUAGACCAGCUUGGCACCUAUGUCUUUGUGGGAGAGUCCUACUCCAGGUCAGCCAUCAAGAGGCUCCAGCUGGCCAUCUUUGCCCCCACAGUUUGCACCUCCCUGGAGUACAGCCUCAAGGUCUACUGCUUGGAGGACACGCCAGAUGCUCUGAAGGAGGUGCUGGAGCUGGAGCGGACGCUGGGCGGGUACCUGCUGGAGGAGCCCAAGCCCCUGCCCUUCAAGGAUAACUACCACAACCUGCGUCUCUCCAUCCAUGACAUCCCCCACGCACUGUGGAGGAGCAAGCUGCUGGCCAAAUACCAGGAAAUCCCCUUCUACCAUAUCUGGAGCGGCAGCCAGCGAGCCCUGCACUGCACCUUCACACUGGAGAGAUACAGUCAGGCCUCCACCGAGCUCACCUGCAAGAUCUGUGUCCGGCAGGUGGAAGGGGAAGGGCAGAUCUUCCAGCUCCACAUCACGCUGGGAGAGCACACCAGCUCCUUCAACACCCUCCACUCCCACCACAGCGGUGCCACCACCACCACCCAGCUGGGACCCUAUGCCUUCAAAAUCCCUCUCUCCAUCCGGCAGAAGAUCUGCAACAGCCUAGAUGCUCCCAACUCCAGAGGAAACGACUGGAGGCUUCUUGCCCAGAAGCUUUCCAUGGACCGGUAUCUGAACUACUUUGCCACCAAAGCCAGCCCCACUGGGGUGCUCCUGGACUUGUGGGAAGCUGAGCACCAGGACGACGGCGAUCUCAACACCCUGGCCAGUGCCUUAGAGGAGAUGGGCAAGAGCGAGAUGCUGGUGGUCAUGGCCACAGAAGGAGACUGCUGAUGAUGCUCCCUGCGGCUGAUGGGCUGGCAGGACAAGACGGGGAGUGAAGGGAAGAGGAGACCCCUCCCUGAUGGCGAGGGGAGGAAGGGGACUCACCCCCAACAGCAAGGGGAGGCGUGUCCAUCCCUGGGCAGUGGCUGAGCAAGGAAGGGCCCAGGCGAUCACUUCUCCCUCCCUCCCCACAUCACUGUCAGCCUUAGAGACGUAUCCUCAGCGUUUACAAGCAAUUCAAGUGUUAACACAGCAUUCCUCUUCCUCCUCCUCCUCCUCCUCCUCCUCCUCCUCCUCCCAGCUGUCCCCAAGGUGGCAGCCAGUGUGGGGAGGAGUCAGGGCUUCUCAAGUCGGGAUGGGGGCUUUCCUUCUCCUUCUUUGUUUGGGUUCCCCUCUGGUUCUUCUCCUCUUUUGAUAGUGUUUCUGCGUUGAAGAGACAAGUCCAGUCUAGGCAAACAGCUUCUGUCAAAAGCCUCAGAGAGCUUAACAAGGCAAAUAAGAAAGAAAAAAGGAAAAAGAAAAAAAAACAAGUUUCUUAGGAAACGCAAAUAAUUUAUUAUCCAGAUCUUUGGAUGAGUCCUUUUUAAAAAAAAGAAAAAGAAAAAAAAGAGAUUUAUAAAUCUUGUUGGUUCCUGUGUGUGAGAGCAAGAGCGUUGCUGGGGUCGGGGUAGCAGGGAGAGAGGUUUACGUGGACACGCUUUUGUGGUGACAAAGCGUGCGAUCUGAGUGGAGCAACAUGUGUUUACAUGUCCUGGGACCCCGGAGAGUCUGUAGGGUGAAGUGCCUCUACGCCCCUCUGGCUCAGGGCUGGCCCACACCCUCCCCAGGAUUUUUUUCCUUGCAAACUCCCCUUUCCCUGAGCAGCAGUGCCCAGCAGAGCGACGGGUUCCCCUCCAGCCAAGAGGAGGGAUGAGGGUUGCUGCCCUGCAUUUAGGGUUCAGGGGAGGGGGGAGUGCAUCCAGAUAUGGGUAUUUUUAAUGAAUUCUUCCCUGGCAUUGUUUGGGGAAGCUUUUUAGGAUGACUACGCCUUCAUUUAUGUAACUUCAGUACAAACCAAAGAUUUCAGCUCUGCAGCACCCUACUGACCCAUGGGCCAAAGCGGGGACGGGGAAUGUUUUGAAACCCAGCGGGAUUUUGCAGCGAGCACCCCAAAGCUGGGCUUCAGGGCUCAGAGAGGGGUGAUGAGCAACUUGUGGAGGGCUCUGGGGAGAGCAGAGGGCUGGCAGAUGGCAUGUGGCUCCUCACAAACCACAUUGCUGGCAGGUCCAAGCGCUCAUGCCCAGUUUUUGAUGCAGUAUUUCAGCGGAGAUCUGAGGAGGGAAUCCUUGGUAUCUCCAUGUUGCAAGCCAGGCUGAGCGUUUCCACCCAAGGGAUGGUAUAAUGGGCAGUGGUUUGGUUUCCCUCUUCUUGUUGCACCUCCUUUUUUUCCACUUUUUAUAAUGGCAGAGAAGUUGUGAGAUGACCGGGAAGUAACGGAGGGGUGGUCGAGAACGAGGGUCCUCACAAAGACAGUGUCUCAAUGAAGGGUAAGAGUUUAGAUUGCCUGCAGGUAGAAGUAGUUACUCAGUGAGUAUCUUAGAAAUGUGUCUGUUUUCUAAAAAAAGAAAGUAAGUAGGAAGGGGAUGUAAGCUCAGGAUUAGACCAGAGCAUACAGCAGGGCUACAGCUCACCCAGCAGUGGGAGUACUAAGAGCAAGGUCUGUGAGAGCUGGUCCUGCUGCGGGCUGCAAAGCCCCAGAGCGGUGUCAGGGGUGUGUGCAGUGGUUUUGGGCCCGGACAAGCUCAGGGAGCCCUGCUGCCAGCCAGGGCAUUGCCUCUGCAGGGCAGCUCGCGGGGAGCUUUCAGUAUUCCUCUUGGCAGCUCUUGGAGCGCUUAUUGAACAUGUAGCACCCCUCCUUGGAGUGUUUCAGGAUCCAUGGGGUUCAUCUCUUCUGGGUUUUCAAGGCUGAGGGGGAGAGGGAAUCCUCUUUCUUUGUGCUGGAUGGGAAGACUUCUGCUGUGUGAGCUCCCCUGUUUCAUGGGAAGGGGUUUUAGCCAGCCUUUGGGUCAUGUUUGAGCAUCCAGCUUCUGAGCCCCCGUCUCUGAGGUGAGGGGGGAGCGAGCCAGUUUGGAAAGAAACGAAGGAUUUAUGGCUCAAAUGGGCUGCUGGCAUUUCAUAGGGCUCCUUUCCCAGUGCCACAGUGCUCUCUGUGAGAUGAGAUGCUCUUCCUUUGGGCCGCAUCUGAAUCUCUCACUGUCAUUCCCCCUGUCUCUGGCUCACAGGCAGCUGCACCGGCACGUGCCUAUCCGUCCAUCUGUCUGUCCGUCCCGCCUGCGGGUACCUCUGCCUCCAUUCCCAUCCCUCCAUGUUUGUCUUCCCCUUCCUUUUGGUGGGCAGCAGCUGCCUGGAUCUGCCAAGGGCUGUGUUUGGGGAGGUUCUACCCAUUGUUCAGAGCAGGGAGCUUGCAUCAAGAGGCAGGGUUUGCCCCCAGCCCAGUCCUCCGAGCACCUGCGCCCAUCUGCCCUUGGUGCCAGCUCCCAGUACCUCCCUCCAUGACUGGGGCUUUCUCUGGCUGGGCAUUUUGGCAAAGGCAAGCCCAAGGUCCAUGUGGUGCUGGCGGUGUCUGUCUCUUGCUCUGCAGUCUGUUUCCAUAUUUAUAUGUCUGGGGGAUGGGCCUGGUGGCAUCCUCUAAAUCUGCAUCUGUUUAUUCUGUAAACUAAAGAACUGUAAAUAAAGUUUAGCAUUCCUAUUGUAACAAAUUAAUUUUUAUGCAAUAAAUUAUAUUUCCUAGUCUAAUAAAAAAAAUCAUAAACAGUC